AUGUCCAACUGUCCUGAGCACAUCGACUCAGAGGGGGACAUGGACUCUGGCAGCACUGAACUUGACUAUACUAGGUUUGGGUCAGUUAGCAGCUUGACCUCCCAUCAUAUGAUGAAUGGCAGUUUGAUGAGCCUGUACAGUGUGGGCGAUUUCGGGGAUGUUGUAGUAUCAGGGCGGAUCCAGUUCUUGUUGCAGUAUGAUGUCAAGAAAGAGGAGCUUCAUGUGCACAUAAUACGCUGCCAAGAGCUUGCGUCGGCCUGUAAAAAUCGAUCAGACCCAUAUGUUAAAGUUUACCUUCUCCCUGACAACACAUCACGCAGUAAGAAAAAAACUGCAGUGACGAGGAAAACAUUAAAUCCAGUCUACGAUGAAACCAUGAAAUAUAAAGUGCGGAAACUGGACCUCCAGGCUCGUGUGCUGAGUAUGUCAGUCUGGCACAUGGAGAGAAUGAGGAGAAACCUCUUCCUGGGGGAGGUGGAAGUGAGGCUGGGUCAGUGGGACUGGAACCAGAGCCAACCAACCUGGCACAACCUCCAGCCAAGAGUUAGAUUAAGUCCAGAUGACAUUAUCAGCAGAGGAACCAUUCUGUUCUCAAUUAAGUUUGUACCUCCAGGUUCAGAGGGAAGUGGUUGUCCACCGACUGGUGAGCUCUAUAUUUGGUUGAGGAAGAUUGUUGGUCUACUUCCCACAAAACGUGGCGCACCCAGUACAUAUGUGAAAAGUGUGGUAUUACCAGAUGAAAGUGGCAUCAGUGGCCAGCAGACUAGGGUGAUGCGAGGAUCUGUCAACCCAGUGUUUAACCACACCAUGGUUUAUGACAGGUUUCAGUCCAGCGACCUUAUUCAGGCCUGUGCAGAGAUAACUGUCUGGAGUCCACAACCCCCUGGCUGUCUGGGUGGAGUACGACUCAGCACUGGCUCAGGUGUGCGUUACGGUCAGUCUGUCUGCUGGAUGGACUCAACAGAAGAUGAGAUCAGUGUGUGGUCAAGUGUGAUUCAGAGCCCCAACAGCUGGGUGGACACUAGUCUACCUGUCAGAACCAACUUACAGCUCUGUUCUGAGUGA